GUCAGGAAGAGCUCACACUCCAGCUUGGUGUUCUGUUCUGCGCAGACGUAAGGCUUCCACUGACACUUGUCUCUUUAAUUAAAUUUCUCGGGGCGCACUUCGUGCAGCUGAAAGAAAAAUAAGCAGCCAUGGAUGCCAUCAAGAAAAAGAUGCAGAUGCUAAAACUUGACAAGGAGAAUGCCUUGGACAGAGCCGAACAGGCUGAGGCAGACAAGAAGGCAGCUGAGGACAGAGGCAAGCAGUUAGAGGAUGAAUUAAGUGAGAUGGAAAAGAAAUUGCGCGCUGCCGAAGACGAAAGAGAUAGAGUGCUCGAAGAUUUCCAAAUCGCCGAAGAGAAGCUGCUCAACGCCGAAGAGGUCGCCUCAAAGCUCGAGGAUGAUUUGGUAGCUCUGCAGAAGAAACUCAAGUCCACUGAGGAUGAGUUGGACAAGUACUCCGAGGCCCUUAAGGACGCACAGGAGAAACUGGAACUGGCUGAGAAGAAAGCCACAGAUGCUGAGAGUGAUGUCGCCUCCUUGAACAGAAGAAUCCAGUUGGUGGAGGAGGAGCUGGACCGCGCCCAGGAGCGCCUGUCCACCGCUCUGCAGAAGCUCGAGGAGGCAGAGAAGGCUGCUGAUGAGAGCGAGAGAGGCAUGAAGGUGAUCGAGAACCGGGCUGCCAAGGACGAGGAGCGGAUGGAGCUGCAGGAGAUCCAGCUGAAGGAGGCCAAACACAUCGCCGAGGAGGCCGACCGCAAAUACGAGGAGGUGGCACGUAAGCUGGUGAUCAUCGAGGGCGACCUCGAGCGCACGGAGGAGCGCGCCGAGCUGUCGGAGAGACGAGCUCGAAGAGCAGAGGAGGAACUAAGAAUUUUGGACCAAAGCUUAAAAUCGCUAGUCGCUGCAGAGUCAAAGUACUCACAGAAAGAGGACAAGUACGAGGAGGAGAUCAAAGUCCUCACUGAUAAGCUGAAGGAGGCUGAGACUCGGGCAGAGUUCGCAGAGAGAUCAGUAGCCAAACUCGAGAAGACCAUUGAUGACCUGGAAGACGAGCUAUACGCACAGAAACUGAAGUACAAAGCCAUCAGUGAGGAGCUGGACCAUGCCCUCAACGACAUGACUUCUAUGUAAUGUCUCGCCCGAUUCCCCUGCUCGUGCCUGUAACGUGCCCUCCCCUAACUGACUUCCUGUGUGCUUCCCCCUUUCAUCUAUAGUAAUCAUGCUGCUUCUGUGAAACAGUGGUAGCAUUUAUGCACCCGAGGCCUAGUCUGUAGUCAGCUUUUGUCACCCCCACGGUCUGUAUGAAAUUCUCACCUUCACAGCAAGAGUAUUUUUAGUGUUAAAGGACUGCCUUUCAAAUGAUAGUUUCAGCCAUCAGUGCGACUCUCCUCUAUAACAGACGAGACUGAAACAGUUGGCUGCAGUCUUUAUUGCCAUCAUCUAUAAUGUAUGAAAAUGAUAUUUUAUAUGAACUAUAUGUGCAGAUGAUUUGACAGCACAGGACCAGUUGGUCACUUUUUUAAGGACUGAAAGAAGUGUUUCAGCUCGUUAUCUGCCAGGCUGCACAUACACUCGUUUGUAAAAUAUGUAGACAGUCCUCUAGGCGUGCCUGCGGUUGAGGCCGGCCUGGAAGGAAAGGCUUUUCAUUGACCACAUUUCAGGGUGCCUCUACCUGGUCCCUUUCAUUGCUGUGUGAUAUCAGCUCUAUCAGAUUUCCAUCUUUCCCACUAACAGUUUAUUGGAGCUGGAGACCCUCAGCAACAGUGCAAAACCUGACAAAACUUUUCAAGCACAAGAUUUCCCAUUCAUCUUGACCCUUAUUUAGUCUGACCAGGGGGAACCGAAGCGGCGUAUAUGUUUGGCAAAGGCCCCCUAUUUCCAUGAGAUAAGAUUUACCCGAGGAGGUCCUGGGUGAAAGUGUUUCGGUGCACAUAGGGCUAGUUGAGCUAACCAGGUAGGUUGUAUGUUGGAGGCCUAGACCCCGUGGCUCACUGGGAGUUUUCAGUGUCAGAUUCUCUGCUCUCCAGCUCUCUCCCCUGGUUGGUCAGUGCAGUUGUAGCAGUUGUAGUGCACACCCCCAACCCCCCGCCCCCCCUGCACCCCCGUUUGCUGUGCUGUGCGUCAUGCCAUCACUCUGCUCUUCCUUCACGCUGUGCUGUUUUUCUUUUCUUCUCCCACACAGAUAAACUGUGUUCUCUCCAUCCCGCCAGACGCCUUCCAUCAGCCGAGUGGCUUCUUCUCUUGAGUGUGCUUUACGCAGCAUCGGUCUCUCUCUCUCUCUUUCCCUUUCCCUCCCCCCUACUAUGUUCUUAAUUUACUACUGAGUGGCUCAAAUAAAAUCUGGAAGCCCCA